AUGCACUCGCUUAACGAUCAGGUCGUGUCUGGCAAGGUGCAUUACCUGGGCAUCUCGGAUACCCCUGCAUGGGUGGUAGCCAAGGCGAACCAAUAUGCGAGGCUGUCGGGCCUUCGCCAAUUUGUAGUUUACCAAGGCAACUGGAACGCUUCAAUCCGCGACUUCGAACGAGAAAUCAUCCCCAUGUGCAUGGAUGAGGGCAUGGGCAUUUGUCCCUGGGGAGUCCUUAACGGUGGUCGCUUCCAGACAGAGGAGGGCUUCAAGGAUCGCAAGAAGCACAACCCGGGACGGCAGAACACGGCAUCGGAGCAUGACAAGAAGGUAUCGAGGGCGCUAGAAAAGGUUGCUAACGCGAAGGGCAUAUCUCUGACAGAUGUUGCUUUGGCGUAUGUGAUGCACAAGGCUGCUUUUAUGUUUCCCAUUGUCGGCGGCAGGAAGUUGAGUCGUAUUGAAGGAAACAUCAAGGGGCUGGGGACCAGUCUGACAGCGGAGGAUAUCGAGACAAUUGAGGGGUCUCAUGACUUUAAUCCCGGGUCUCCUCACACCUUCCUGAGUGGCACCUCGCGGUUCGGCGGUUCCCCUCGAGGCGCCUAUCACCCAGGAGACGUAUGGCUGACCAAGCUGAUGGGCAAUUUCGACUGGGUUGAGGCUCCUCAAGCCAUUACCCCGAAGACCUCCUGA